AUUUAAUAACCAUAAAACCCCUAAUUUUCAAUCCAUGAAGUUGAGUACGGAGUUGGACUUUGCUGCUUCUUCUGUUCUAUGAAUGCGUCGUCCUUCCUGCUUCUCCGUUCUCUGCAAUUAAGAGAGCAGCAGAAUCAGAAGCCUUGCUCAUCAAUUCCGCCAUUAUCACCACCACCAUCACCACCACCGCAAUUCAUUACUCUCUCUUUCUCUCUCGUGAAACAGCACGAAAGCUGUUCCUUUGCGUUGGCAUCCAUGCCGAGCAACCUUUGAGCUCACGCGCGCUCUGCUCAAAAGCUCAGAAAAGGCCCUGUUUUUUCCGAGCUCAAAGCUGCAGAUUGGUGGAUCGGGACCCGAAUGAUGCUUAAAAAUGGAGCCUUUGAUGCAUAGAGGAGCUCGUUGAUCGUCCCUAAUCAUCUCCCUGAGGCGUGACUUUGUGUUGGACCAAGUACGAGUGUUGCAGAGAUGGCGGAUGGAGGCGAGGAGGGAGGGAGGAGAUAAAGGCCGCGUCUUUCAGUUGGCUCGCAGUUCCUAGGCUUUCGGAUCCGUUUCCAUCAGAUGGGUGGCGUGGGGUUCUUUGCUUUCUACCUGUCCUUUUUCCUGCUGCUGCGGCGUUCUUGGCCGCAAUCGCCGCCGCCGCCGAACACGGACGCCUUCUACGUCUUUGAGUUCUUCCGGGAGAUGCGAGUGCAGCCUUCCUCCAGAACCGGCAAUUCUUCCGACGUCUGCUCGUGGAGAGGGAUUACCUGCGACAGCGGCGGCAGCGCGGGGGCGGAGAGGAGGGUGAUCGCACUGGAGGUUCCUGGAUUCCAAUUCACCGGUCCGAUCAGUGAAACCACCAUCGGGAAGCUCACGGCGCUCCAAUCCCUGGAUCUGAGCAGGAACGCCAUCACUGCCCUCCCUAUGGAUUUGGUGGAAUUGAGCGAACUCGCCAGGCUCAACUUCUCUUCCAAUAAUCUCACGGGGCCGCUUCCACCUUACAUCGGCAACUUCAAUCGGAUGGAAAGCCUCGACCUUUCCGGCAACGGGUUCUCCGGCGAGAUCCCAUCGCAGAUCAGCGCGCUGUCCAGGUUGAAAGUUCUCGAUCUCAGCAGGAACUCGUUGGAGAACGGCAUUCCGGAAGCUUUUCUCCAAUGCAUCUCUCUGGUCUCCAUCGAUCUCUCCAGCAACAAGCUAAAUGGGAGUCUCCCCGCUCGAUUUGGCUCUGCCUUUAAAAACCUAAGCACUUUGGUUCUUUCAGAUAACCAGAUCAAUGGAGGUUUACCAGAUUUGUCGAGCUUGGAUUCUCUCGCCUACCUCGAUCUCUCAGGUAACCAUUUCAACGGCAACAUCUCCCAGGCUUAUCAUUGGUCUUCUUUAGUUCAUCUCGACUUGUCCAUGAAUGAACUCAGUGGAGAUUUUUUCACUGAUCUCGUGAAUCCACUUCCGUCACUGAAGCACCUUAACCUUGCAUUCAAUGAAUUCUCUGCCCCAAAAUUUGAUCUCAUGAGACUGCCUGCUGCACUAGAAUAUCUGAACUUGUCGAAGAGUAAUCUCAAUGGCCAGAUUCCGACCAGGAUCUCUCUGUCGCAUGAGUUGAAGGUGUUAGAUAUUUCACAGAAUCACAUCGGUGGCCGCAUUCCUGAGCUGAGCACUGAAAACCUGCAAGUGAUAGACCUUUCAGUGAACAAUCUCACUGGGGAGAUACCGAGCUCCUUGCAACAAAAGUUAUUCAGCAUGGAGAAGUUCAACUUCUCCUACAACAACCUUACUUAUUGCGGCCAGAACUUCUCGUUCGAAGUGCUCCGGUCAUCAUUCGUCGGAUCACAAAAUCACUGCCCAAUUGCAGUGAAUCCGGAUUGGAGUAGAUCCAAGGGAAGCAAAGACAGGAAUCUGAAGCUAGGAUUGGCAAUAGCACUUCCACUGUUCUUGCUCGCAGCAGGGUCAAUCUGGUUGGUGCUUAGUUGCAGAAAGAGGCACAGCUUCUGGACGAUUAAGAAAAUAUCUCACAGGGAGGAGAAGAAUGUUUCAGGCCCCUUCCACUUCGAUGUCAAGCACACGACAUCGAUCCCCGUUGUCAUCUUUGAGAAGCCAUUGCUGAAUUUUACAUUUGCUGACCUCUUGAAUGUGACUAACAAUUUCGAUAGAGAAACCUUGUUGGGAGAAGGGAGGUUUGGGCCAGUGUACAGAGGUUUAUUACCUGGAGGCAUCCAUGUGGCCAUGAAGGUUUUGCUUCAUCGAUCGACAAUUUCAGAUGAGGAUGCCGUAAAGGAGCUGGAGAGGCUUGGCCAGAUCAAGCACCCUAACUUGGUGCCCUUAACUGGCUAUUGCCUGGCUGGAGGACAAAGGAUUGUUAUCUAUGAUUAUAUGGAGAAUGGAAACCUGAAGAGCCUACUUCACGACUUACCGUUAGGCGUGCAAUCAACCGAAGACUGGACUACUGAUACAACUGAAGGAACCACCACCUGGAGUUUCAGACACAGCAUUGCAUUGGGCACUGCAAGGGCACUGGCAUUCCUCCACCAUGGAUGCUUCCCUCAGAUAGUCCACACAGAUGUAAAAGCAAGCAGCAUUUAUCUAGAUUCAGCAAUGGAUCCUAGGUUAGCUAAUUCUGGACUAUCGAACAUCGAGAGCAAUGCAACAGAGAAUGAAGCUUCACAGGGGUCACCAGGUUAUACUCCUCCAGAGUUUUCAGAAGCGGAAAAUGCAUCCGCAACUAUAAAAUCGGAUGUCUACAGCUUUGGGGUUGUGUUGUUUGAGCUUACUACAGGGAAGAAACCGAUCGGAGACGAUUAUGCUGAAGAAGGGAAGAGCCAUACAUUGGUCAGCUGGGCAAGAGCAUUGGUGAAAAGAAAUGAACUCUCAAGCUUGAUUGAUCCAAAGAUUAGGGAAACAGGAUCAGAGAAACAAAUGGAGGAGGCAUUAAGGAUAGCUUACUUGUGCACAGCUGAGUUGCCAUCCAAGAGGCCAUCCAUGCAGCAGAUUGUUGGCCUUCUCAAGGAUAUUGAACCUGUCAAUGAGUACUGAAUAACAAAAUGUUGUUUGUGUUUUCUUUCUCUUUUUUUUUUUCGUUCUUUUCUUGUCUUCUGCUUUAAUUUUAUCCAUGGGAAUUGUAUAGUGAUCAUGAGGUGCAUAAGAACUAAAGGUCUAUCUUUCAUCAGCUUUCGAUGUACCAAAAUGAAACAGAUAAAUGAAACCUUAUUUGCAUUCUCUUUUCA